AUGGCUGACAGUUCCUGUAGCGGCUCUACGCCGUUCAAAGGCCUCGUUGACCAUGGCGCCCAAGAUCGUAGCCUGCAUCGAGAUCGGUUUACCAGCACUGCCAGCCUCCAGCAAGGCUUUCGGUCUACAUCUCGAACCGUCUCGGCGCCGGCUCAAGCAGGCUUUGGCGAAUUCUUCGAUUCCAGCGGGACUGAGCAAGUCAGCCUAAACACUCCCCAAACCUUAAGCUCGCCCAUACCAAGCUUCCCUCGAGGGUCGCAAACGUUCCACACAUCAGCGGCUCCUGACGGCCGAAUGCUCCCACCCAACGCCUACCAAUCUACGUCACAAAUUCCGACAGCUUCUCGGCAAAAUAUAGCGUCGCCACCGAGGACAUCGAGUUGGGCGCAAGAUUUUGCAUCAUUCUCUAGGGCACCGCCAAGUGCUGGAAGCUACACAACAGGGUUUUCGUCCUCACAAUAUCCAGCGCCUGUAGCCGGGUUUACGCAGAAUGUGAUGGGGUCUCAAUUAGGACCUUGGGUGUUCCGGCCUCAAGGCGGUUCUGCAACCGCCGUCAAUCACGGAGUUACAAGCACCGAAGCUGACUUUGAUGUUGAGAUGAAUCGGUGGAUGGCGGCGAACGGUGACGGACAGAUGGAGGACCUCGAUACUGUCAUGGAACAACUCGCGCGAGAACUGGAACAAGAGCAGCGACCAGAGGCCGCUACACAAGCAUCCAGAGGUACCAUCGGCGGCUCAGUGGAUACUGUCAUAACCUCGUUAAAUGUUUCUGUCCAAGGUGAAGCUCAGGGGGCACAAACGUUCGAUGCUACGGCUUCAACAACCCAACAAAUAACCAGCGCACCCUCGGUCCUUGGAACUAGUGCCAUCGAAGUACCAACAAGAGCGAGUUUAUCGGACCACAUGCCUGACUUGGAACGUCUGGGCCUCGACGAAGCGGAGCAAGCAUCUGCAGAACAUGCCCAGUCAACAUCGGACAUUUCGGAGGCAGCGAGACAGAUACUUGACUCGGUUCAACAUGAACAAGGAGAUAAAUGGAAGAAUUCUCGGUUCUUGUCACUGAUGAAAGACUUCCGGGAUGGAAGUAAAGACAUCGUCAACAACGAAAUCCUUGAAACCAAAGUUGGUGGCGAGCGAAUCAGUGGGAAUUGA